UGCAAGUUGAAGUAGGAUAGUAGGAAGAAAACGAAUCACAAACCAAACAACUGUUUGAGGCCAAAAAAAAGCUCUCAAAAUAAUCACUUCUUGCUCAUUCCACGUUUUGGUCUAUAAUUGGUGAAGGUUUUGCCAGGCUCCACUUUUUUCUUAUGAAACUUAAAAUGGGAAAGUUUUGAAAUCCCAUUUCAUAAUCCAGAGAUGCCAAAAAGUUGCAGCAGUCGCGCCGGCUUUGUAUUUCUUUGACUGAAAAGGUUUGCUAUAUAAACAUGAAAUUGGAUCAAGCAUUUGAGUGUAUCACUAGUGAUGGAUAGACGAUCUGCGGGGAAUGUCAAAAUCUACAUGUUUGAGUGAGUGCUUUUGCUCUGGCAUAAUCUUAAAAGCAGGCUGUUGUGCAAUCCAAGUUCAGUAGUGCUAGGGAUGCAGAAGUGGCUUGGUAGCUAUUAACAAGACACCAGAAGCAUCGAUGUUACUGCUAUUGUGAAGUGUACAGAAUACAGUCCUUGUUAAAUGUUCAAAGAUAAUGCGUGGGACGAAUUUGAUGAGAAUCAUGAUCUCAUAGUCCCCCAUUCUGGAAGCCAACACAAUAAUCUGUUUGUAAUUGAGGGUGAUGGCUGUAAGAAAUCACAUCACGACUUACGUGGGUUAGAAAGUAGUGGUUAUGUUAGUAGCUAUGGUACUCUGGGUAAAGAUGAAUUAUACUUGCAAAAUAUGACCCAGAAUGAAAGAAUGCCAGAAAAGGAUUCAUGGUCUGACACACCUGAAGGUGUAUUUUCUUCAUGUGAUGGUGACUCAUACAGAGAAGCAAAAGGGCUAACUUCAGAUCAUACAGGCAUGUCUGAUCACUGUUUCAAGAACGGCAAUAUAGAUUCUGGUGGUAGCAAGCUUUGUGCAGAUGAUACAAUCUUGGAAGAAAAGUGUGGGGUGGAAGAUGAUGGGGCAUGUCAACAUCCAAAAAAUCACAUAUCUGAAGCUGAUAAUGAACUCAGUUUUCUUGAUAAUGACGGGUGGCUGGAUAUAGGAAACUUAGAAGAUGUUGACAGGAUGUUAAGUUGUGAUUUAACAUUUGGAAUGGGGAGUCUCAAUAAUGAAGAGGAGUUCUGCUGGUUUUCUUCUUCACACAGUGCUGAAGGUUCAGAUGAUGCAUUAAUGUCCGACUUAAAGCUUCAUUGUGCCGACAUGAGUCCAUUGAAAAAUAUAUCUGAAUACAAUAUGGAUUCAUCCAAGGACAACAUUGAAGUUCUUCCGAUCAAUGAUUCAAACAAAAAGUCAUCCCCCGGUGAUAAGACAAGAUCUCAAAUGGAUGUGGAUGACAAUGGUGUCCCUGCUUCGUUAUCAAUGUUCAAUGAAUCAGAUAAAAAAUCUGGUGAUAAAGAUGCCUUGGUGUCCAAAGAAAAGAAGAAGCUUCCAAAGUCAUCAGCAGGAAAGCGAAAAAAUGGCAAUUCUAUUCAUCGUUAUACUCCUCCUGAGCAAUAUGCAGAUAUACAUCAGCAGUUUGGAGCCUCUUCUAGUGGAGUUACUUCUCUUGAUAGUAAUCAGAAGCAUAAGCAGAACACAGAUUAUGAUUCUUUAGGCUGCAUACUAACACAAAUUCCUUUAGCGCACCUAGACUUUAGUCAUGCUCCAAAUCACACUUCCGUCUCUUCAAAUUUCUCUGGACCAAGAGCGGACCAUGAUGUAUACAUGUCUCCUUCUCUUAUAGAAUCAUCUUAUGCUUCAAACAUGGAUUGUUCUCAUAGUCAUUCUUUGGUGGCUGCUGCCUUGAAAACAAAUGAGAAUAGGGAAAAGUAUCAUAGCCAUGGCAACCUCUUAAAUACGAGUUACAAAAACGAAAGAAGGGCAAAUGAAAUGCCAUUUCACAGUCCAAGUUCUUCUCAGCAGGUAGCUCAUCAAUUUGAAAAUGAAGAUGAAGGUCAUAGUAAAGUUCGAGGGGUUAGUCUAGGAUUUUCAUCAAAAAUAGACUCAUCAACUGUACAGGAAAGCUCACCCAUAAGCUCGGCUCUUGACCAAAACUUGCUCAAAGCAAAUAGCUUUUGCAACUUGCAACAGGUGUUGGAACAGUUGGAUAUUAAAACUAAACUGUGCAUAAGGGACAGUUUAUACCGCUUAGCUAAGAGUGCUGAGCAAAGAGAUAAUAAUUCAAACUCAAAUGGUUGCAUUGGAGAUGGCACUGCAGCAUGCAAAGACACAAUGACACAGGAUGCAAGCAGGUGUACAGGGUUAAUGGAUAUCGAAACCAACACAAAUCCUAUUGAUCGGUCUAUAGCACACUUAUUGUUUCACAGGCCCUCACAUCCAUCAACGCUGCUUCAAAACGAUAUUGCACCUUUCAAAUCCAGUGCCAUGAUACAUGAAUCAACUAUCAAUCCAUCAGUAAAGGCUGAGAAACAGGUCUGUCAGGAAGAUUCUUCUACCGAUGUAGAGAAAAAGCUUUUAGGGGGACGUUUCUCAGGAAACCUCUCAAUGCAUCUCAUUGCUAUCUGCAACAACCUUAACAUCCCAGGAAGAGCACUCUUUUGACAAGAUAUUUCUUUGUCAAAUAUCUCAGCAGUCCAUUCUUCUCUCACAGCUCUAUUAACCCAACUACAAAGAUCCACACCAUUAGUCCCUUGUGGAGCUGAGCACAUAGAAACUUUCCCUGUUAGAAUUUCUAUUAAAAGUGAUCCAUAGCUCCAAACAUCUGAUUGCAUUGUAACUUUUC